CGCGGCUACCUACUGGUUACCGAAGGAAGAAGGGCUCUCUUCACUGUAUAAAAUUCACAAUUGCAUUGAUUUUUCUUCAUGCGAGGGUUAGGGUUUAUCAUCCAUGGCGGCUCCGGCGGUUGAAUCGAAGGUGGCGACGGCGCUGCGAGUUGUAUUCCGGCGGGUCGAAGAGGCGGCGAAGCGGUCCGGGAGGCGGGUGGAGGAUGUGAGAGUGGUGGCCGUGGGGAAGACGAAACCGGUAACCCUAAUCCGCGAUCUCUACGAUUCAGGCCACCGCUGCUUUGGCGAGAACUACGUACAGGAGCUCAUACAGAAGGCGCCUCAGCUUCCAGAUGAUAUCAAAUGGCAUUUUAUUGGACAUCUUCAAAGCAACAAAGUCAAACCCCUCCUAGCAGCUGUUCCUAAUCUGGACAUGGUUGAGAGUGUGGAUAAUGAGAAGAUUGCUAAUCUUCUAGACCAAACUGUUACUAAUUUGGGAAGGAGAUCCCUCAGAGUUCUGGUCCAAGUUAAUACUAGUGGAGAGGAAUCUAAAUCUGGUGUAGAACCAUCAGAUUGUGUGGCUCUAGCAAAGCAUGUCAAGCAAAACUGUCCAAAUCUUGUAUUUUCUGGUCUAAUGACUAUCGGACGGCCGGACUACACCUCGUCUCCUGAAAAUUUUCAGGUAUUGUCUUCUUGCAAGGAUGAAGUUUGCAAAGAGCUUGGAAUGCCAGAAUGCCAAUGUGAGCUUUCAAUGGGUAUGUCUGGUGACUUUGAGAAAGCUAUUGAAAUGGGCAGCACCAAUGUGAGAAUUGGAUCAACUAUAUUUGGGCCAAGAGAAUAUCCGAACAAAAAAUGCCAGUGAUUACUGCAUUUUUUUUCACCUGGUUCUUAAUGCCCAUGUCAAAUGUGCAAAACAAUUUGUAACAUCCUUGUGCAAUUAUUUUACAAAUUAGGGAAGUAACAUUCGCCUACCACCCAGUUCUUAUGUAUUUGCAUUCUAACACCUAAACUUUGAUUUUUUACUUUUA